AUGUUGACAGCUGGGCAUGGUGUGAACUUCGCACUAAACACAGGUAGACAUCCAGGAAAAACUGGCAUGGGGUCUUGUUAUAACUACCAACUACUAAAGGGAUGGGGUUCUGAGGAUGAGCACGUUGAAGCGAAAUGUCCAAGCAUCGAGGACAGGCUAAGGAAUUGUGGUGGGCUAGUGGCCAAUGACAGUGUCAACGCUUCCUUGAAAUUCAUCACCAUCACCGCUGGCAAUGGUUACCCCAACAUCAUGACCAAUAAAUCCAGCAGGAAUCAGUGGGGCAUGACUAAGACCUCCCACUAUGUUGAGUUAGAUGAGCUUGAAGCCUCCCAUCCCAAGACUGCAAAAUUGAUUUCACAAUUGAAUAGGGGAAAGGGUUUGAAAUUUCUCCUGCUGAGGAUGGGACUCAAGAGGUCAGAGGAAGCUCAAACAGCUACAUAUGAAUGCUACCCCUUCCUGGGAGUCUGGGAUGGUUGGGGGCUGAGUUGCAUAUGGGACGGUGGCAUCAUAUAUAUCAUCACUUUCCAUAUUUGGAAAGCUGGGCAUGGUGUGAACUUCGCACUAAACACAGGUAGACAUCCAGGAAAAACUGGCAUGGGGUCUUGUUAUAACUACCAACUACUAAAGGGAUGGGGUUCUGAGGAUGAGCACGUUGAAGCGAAAUGUCCAAGCAUCGAGGACAGGCUAAGGAAUUGUGGUGGGCUAGUGGCCAAUGACAGUGUCAACGCUUCCUUGAAAUUCAUCACCAUCACCGCUGGCAAUGGUAGCCAGCCUUGCACACAAAGGUACUGUGACAGAGGAACGGGUAUUCAUGAGGACCACGGUUGCAAGCUCAAAGAUAGUUUCUGA